UUCAAAUAUUAUUCAAAAUUGGUAUUACGCAAUGAUCGUUGAACAUUUGUAUAUCAAUUACGUAACUACUGAGGAGUAAAUAUUUGAAAAAUCCAAGUACACGUCACAUUGAAUCUUGACCUAACUGCACUGAUUGAUUUGAAAUUUAGAAGGUGGAAGUUUAUUGCAAAAUUGCAUCAGAAUCUUUUUGGUGAGCAGUUUUUAGAAGAUGAAGACAAUUCUUGUUACAGGAGCUAACAGGGGCAUAGGGUUGGCGUUCGUACGGCUGCUGGCCCGGUACGAGCCUACCCCAGCGUUCAUCUUCGCUACGUGCAGGUCGCCUGACACAGCAAAGGAACUGCAAGAUCUUGCCGCAACUCACACACAUGUCAGAAUUUUAAAAAUAGAUGUGCAAAAUGAAUCAACUUACGGUCCUGCAGUUGAAGCAGUAUCUAGUCUAGUAGGAGAAAAUGGACUCAACGUUCUUAUCAACAAUGCUGGUGUGUUUCCAAAGGACGGCUAUGAGAAAGUCACUAGAGAAUAUCUCACAAGCAUAUUCGAGAUCAACAUCAUCGGUCCUAUACGUAUCACACAGGCUUUCCUACCACUUCUGAAGAGAGGAGCACGUAAUAGCAAAAUAGAACGAUUCAGCAUAGAGAGAGCAGCGGUUAUCAACAUGGCCAGUAAGAUGGGUAGCAUAAGUCUAAACACAAGUGGUGGAGCUGCGGGUUCCAGAGAAAGUAAGGCCGCCCUCAACAUGUUCACACGAAGUCUGAGUAUAGAACUGAAGACAGACAAGAUCCUUGUGGUAUCACAGUGCCCAGGCUGGGUUUCAACUCUCAACGGCGGACCGGAUGCUCCCAAAACACCGGAGAUUUCUGUAUCUGAGAUGCUUCAAAUAUUUGCACUAUAUUCCGAAGAACAUACAGGUUGCUAUUUAGACAAUCAAAUCCCUCUUACAUUCAGCCAGUAUUAGCAUGAUUAAAGUCUUCUUCAUGGAUAUUCCAACAUAACAGUUAACUACUAGUAACUUGAAUAAUUAAACAACUAUCGUUAAGAUGAGAGGAGAAAACUAUCUUCGUAAUCUAGAUUCAAGACGAAAAAUGAAUAAACCGAAGCAAAUUUAAUUAUAAUUACCAUGAUUACGUCGUUUACGGGUAUUAUCCAAGUCCUUU